CAAAACUCUAUACAGUCCCCCUCUCUCUCUCUCUCCGCGAGCUGCGGCGCACAUCGCCUCCGCUCCACCGGAUGGCUCGUUGCUUGAUCUCCAGAAGAGCCCCAACACUUUAGUCAAAAGUACUUUAGUUGUUGUUGUUUUUGUGGAAUGGUUGACCGAUUCUGCAGGUCGCUGCCCACGGUGGACCUAUGUGUUUAUGUUUGGACGCACGGCGCUGGGACAUCCGGAAUGGGGAAUCCGUAGGAGGGAACGACGCUCGCUGGUGUGCCGCUGUUGGUAGAUAGAGCGCGAGCGCACCAACGCGUUGCGCGCACACCACCCACGCGCGAGAUGGACUUGAAGAAGACUAAAUUUGGAAGGUUCAUGAAUUGCAGAGUGCCAGCCAGUAAGCGAUACCAGCCCACUGAAUAUGAACAUGCUGCAAACUGUGCCACACAUGGGUUGUGGAUCCUUCCUAGUCUGGUGGGCGGGUCGGUUCUCCACUUCUUGUCUGUGGACCAAUGGCAUCGUGUUGCUGCCUGGCUCUAUGGGAGCGGUCUCACUGGCCUGUUCAUCACCUCAACACUCUUCCACACCGCUGCCUGGAAAAUCAGCCAUCUCCGGAAGGUGGAGCAGCGAUUCCACAUGUGUGACAGAAUGGCCAUCUACUUCUUCAUCGCUGCCUCCUACUCUCCCUGGUUGAUGCUGAGGGAGCUAGGGCCCUGGUCAUGCCACAUGCGCUGGCUGAUCUGGGUCAUGGCUUGUAUAGGAUCCAUGUAUGUCUUCUUUUUCCAUGAGAGGUACAAGCUGGUAGAGUUAUUGGGAUAUGUGGCCAUGGGGGCUGUUCCUGCUUUGGUCAUCCUGUCCAUGGUGGAGCGUGCAGGUGUGUGUGAACUAGCAGUAGGAGGUGUCUUCUAUGUGGUGGGGGUGGUCUUCUUUAAGAGCGAUGGCGUCAUCCCUUUUGCCCACGCCAUCUGGCAUCUUUUUGUUGCAGCUGGAGCAGGCAUUCAUUAUUACGCCAUCUGGAGUUACCUGUACUUACCUGGGCCGCUGCUGCACACAGCGAGGUGACUAGACGGGCUUACCUGAGAUCACAUGGUUCCACACCAAGUGACAUAGCCAGGAAAAGUGUAUUUUAGUCAUGAGAUCACUGGGUUUUGACGACCAGUAACCUGAUUCUGGAGGAUACACGAGAGAUGGUGCUGAAAUGAUCUGGCCAUCAGCACUGACUGACUGCUGAGGAUCAGAUGAAAUUCUCCCCAGGUGGGGCCCGAACCCCUUUACCGUCUAACUAUUAGGUGAUUAGACCAAAUUUGUGAUGACUCAUAAUAAGGUAUGAUGUAAUAUACAGUGGGCUAAGUACUGUAUAUGCAAAAGUAUGAUUCUAAUUCUGCUGUGUAAAACUAAUUGUUCUCACAAACACAGCCUGAAUCACACUGGUCUGUCUCGUGACAUAGAUGUCAAUCUAUAGAGAAAGAGAAGAUAUUUUUGAAUUCAAUUGAGUAACAGCCCUGGGCAUGAAUGUUAAUUUAUGUUAUCACCUCAUAGGUGAUGUUUGCACAGACAGGGCAACACAUAAUUUGCCAGAAAGUUUAGAUGGCCAUUGUUCAGUUAAAGGAAUAAUCUGACAUUUUGGCAAAUGUGUUCAUAUGUUUUCUUGGUGAGAGUUAGGUGUUCAGAUAGAUAGCACUCACAUGUCUGUACGCUAAAUAAGAAGCUUAAGCCAGCAGCUGGUUAGCUCAGCUUAGCACAAAAACUGUAAACAGGGGGAAACAGCUGGCCUUUCGCUGUCAGGUGACACAAUUAAUUUACCAGCACCUCUAAAGUUUUAAAGUUCUAUCUUGUUUAUUUAAUUUGUACAAACACUGAGGUAAGAAAAACAACAAAUUGUGGUUUUAUGUAAGGUCUAUUUCUUGGCCGGGAGCAGCUACCUCCUGGAGUCUUCUCAUCACCAUGAGGUUGUCAGGCAACCAAUGGAGACUCCAGCAAAUUACUGCUGCUGUGCUACACUAAGCUAAAAGGCCGCUAGCUUCAGCAUUACCGUACAGACAUAAAUGUGGUAUCAAUCUUCUCAUCGAACUCUUUACAAUAAAGCAAAUACGUGUAUUUCCCAAAAUGUCAAACUAUUCCUUUAAGCAUACAACUCUCUAACAGCACUUACAACAUAUUGCCUGUGACACCAACUCCUCAGCUAUCCUAAGCUUCUAAACUCCACCCUUUCUGUAAUCCAACCACAGGUGACGUGCCAAAUUUUAAUUUAAAAUUUACCAUACACACAUUCCUUCAUAGUGGUGCUACAAGCCACAUGUAAAUAGUGAUUUUUUUUAUUUUACUUUUAUCCAUUUUUGCACAUCUUCAAAAUAUGAAAAUGUAGUCAGCCAACAAACUUUUCAGUAAAAGUUUACUGUUACCGUUUUGGGCCAAUAUAUUGCAUGUUCCUCUGAGAGCAUUUGAACUUUUCAAGUUUCAAUGUACAACAUCUUUGCUGCCACUGGUCUAAGGUUAUCAUGGGCUGACUUAGAAUACAUCACGUAAUCUGCUGACAGACUUAAAGUCACCAUAUAAUAUCUGGGUGACACUAGUCGCCCUGAAGACAGACUGCAAUUAAAACUCAAACAGGUUGACCAUCUUUUGGUCAAGAUAAAGGUCAACUGAUUAGUUGAAGAUCAUAGGCAUCAGUAGAACUGGGGUAGUUGUGAUUCUGCUAUGAUUUAUAUUUAUUUUGAAUUGAUUCUCAUGGUUUACUGUAAUGUGAUUUGAAAGAUGACAAAUCUAAUCUCAGAUUAUCAUAGAGCUAAUGUAACACUGACAACUGUAUUCUGCGUCAAAUGUUAAAUUCCCUAAAAACAUCAUGGCUAUAAGCACUGAUGAUCUUGUUUAGAGGACUAAAAUUUGCAGUGGUUUUGUUUAAGUGUAGGUCUACUCAUAUUUUCGAGCACUUUUCUAUCAACAGCUGCGACAAUUUAAGUAGAAUUUUCUGAAAUCCUCAGAAUAUGACAGAAUUUACAAAUGGGUCUUAAAUACAUGUACAUUAUUUACACAAAUUUCAAUUUUUAUUUUCAUAGAUUGGAUUUUUAUACUUUAAGCACUGUAGAGGUCAUACUUUCAGGUCUUUCCUAAUCCCUAGUAGUUAAACAGGUUCUGUUUUAACUUUUAGAAAACAGAACACUUACUCAGGAAGUGAGCAUUUUUAAAAAAUCAGAUGAUCUUUUUUGUAAAAUUUUAUGUAUGUGAAAUCGCUGUAUUAAAGAAGAGACACUAUAUUACAUGGUGAGGAUCUGCGUAUUUUGUGGAUGCCAAAUAUGCUUUAUGAUAUCAAGUUUCAAU